AUCGCGGCGCAAGUGGCCGCGGGAGUCGUCGGAGGCGUGGGGAAGGAGCGCGCCUUGGCGCGCAAAGGCUUAAGGGAGCUGUAGUCUGACUUCCAGUCCUCGCGCUAUGUUCUUUUUCUAGGACUUGGGGGGAAUUUAGAGCCUCGAGGCCUGGGGUGGGGACGCGAGGACACCAGCGUAGAAGAGCUUACAUCAGAAUCGAGCUUUGUGGGCGCUCCGGGAUUUGGCCCUUUAGCGCGGAUCCUAGACAACAGGUUUUGGACCUCGAGAGCUGCAGAACUGAGGCUACUGGUGCCGCCAGCCUGCUGGCUCCGCCUCUGCCUCAGUUUCUUCCCCUAUGGCCCGCGUGCCGCUGGGGCGGAGUCUCACUCUGUCACCCAGGCUGGAGCACAAUGGCAUGACCUCAGCUCACCACAAUUUCCGCCUCCCAGGUUCAAGGGAUUCUCCUGCCUCAGCCUCCCAAGUAGCUGAGAUUAUAGGCGGUGAACCCCUUGAGCACGGGGCCCGCGCCUGGCUUGUUCUCCGCUGUCUCCAGCACCUAGGACAGCCUGGCACGAAGUAGGUGCACGAUUUGGAGUGGUUUGAGAAGUCCGAAGAAACUCACGCCUCCCAGAUAGAACUACUUGAGACAAGCUCUAUGCAGGAACCUCUCAACGCUUCGGAGGCCUUUUGCCCAAGAGACUGCAUGGUACCAGUGGUGUUUCCUGGGCCUGUGAGCCAGGAAGGCUGCUGUCAGUUUACUUGUGAACUUCUAAAGCAUAUCAUGUACCAACGCCAGCAGCUCCCUCUGCCCUAUGAACAGCUUAAGCACUUUUACCGAAAACCUUCUCCCCAGGCAGAGGAGAUGCUGAAGAAGAAACCUCGGGCCACCACUGAGGUGAGCAGCAGGAAAUGCCAACAAGCCCUGGCAGAACUGGAGAGUGUCCUCAGCCACCUGGAGGACUUCUUUGCACGGACACUAGUACCGCGAGUGCUGAUUCUCCUUGGGGGCAAUGCCCUAAGCCCCAAGGAGUUCUAUGAACUCGACUUGUCUCUGCUGGCCCCCUACAGUGUGGACCAGAGCCUGAGCACAGCAGCUUGUUUGCGCCGUCUCUUCCGAGCCAUAUUCAUGGCUGAUGCCUUUAGCGAGCUUCAGGCUCCUCCACUCAUGGGCACCGUCGUCAUGGCACAGGGACACCGCAACUGUGGAGAAGAUUGGUUUCGACCCAAGCUCAACUAUCGAGUGCCCAGCCGGGGCCAUAAACUGACUGUGACCCUGUCAUGUGGCAGACCUUCCAUCCGAACCACGGCUUGGGAGGACUACAUUUGGUUCCAGGCACCAGUGACACUUAAAGGCUUCCGCGAGUGAAUGAGUGCUUCUUAAUCCUAAAAACACAAUGGCUGAAUUAUCUUUCUCCAUGUGGCGCUGAAUCACCCAUCUAGUUUGGAGCUAGAGUUGCUUCCUGGUGAGAGAGGAAGCAACUCUCCUUCUGGUUGUCUGCCUCCCCUCAGAUUUCCUGAUAGGCUGAUGGCAUGUGGCUGUGACUGUGACUGUAAUCAUUGCUGAACAACAUCUCUUUGAAUCAAAGGUUGAUUUUCCCAGAGGGUGCUGGGUCAGGCAUUUCUAUUAGGAGUUGGGAAGCAAAAAUGGGUCCAUAGACACUCUAUGGAGGUGUCCCUUCUGCUCUUUGCUGUGUCCUUUCAGAAUUUUUACCAGGAACAUAAUGUGGAUGUGACUUAUGAACUUAAAUAUAAAAUAAAUAGAUUCUUAUUAUA